UUGUCAUGAUUGUUAUUGUGUCCAAUGUUUGGGGCACGAUUUCUUAGGAAGCGCUGGGUUCUGGUCGUUAUAUUCGGACUUUCUCUCAUCUACUUUCUCAAGACAACAUUCUACCAGAGCUCCAGUCUGGUAUUACGAGAUGAGUACGCUGUGAGGAAGCCCCGACCACCAGAACUCUUCAAGUGGCAGCCAAAGUUUGAUAGGAUCAAUGAAACUGCUGUCAAUACCUGUAGGAAUUCUGUUCAAGGAAAGAAACUGUUAGCUGAUGAACGAGGUUACGUUUGUGAGAGAUCAGACCUGUUAGUUGGAGGCUGCUGUGAUAUCAAGGGAAAAACGGCCCGCCGUUAUACUUGCGAUAGUUGCCUACAGAAUAACUGCUGUAGCUUGUAUGAGCACUGCGUGUCUUGUUGCUUGCAGCCAGAGAAGCAACCCUUACUCAGAAAAAUUCUAGGAAAAGCUGCUGAUACUUUCAGUCAUCUGUUUGCGUCAGUGACAGAUCAUUUUGAGCUGUGUUUAGCAAAAUGCCGGACUUCCUCCCAGAGCGUCCAACACGAGAACUCGUACCGUGACCCUGUUGCGAAAUUUUGCUAUGGGGAGAAUCCACCCGCCCUUCAGCCAAUGACCUCUUAA